AUGAAGACUUGGAGUUCUAGUGGUGUCAAUGAACGGAGAGGGGCAACAGAUGUGCGUACCACGCUGUCGAGACUCACUCUAUUUCGAGACAAUAUGAACAGGCGCACCAUGUACAAUUCAAUAUUAAAAUCUUCUUCAAGUGCUUCUUUAUCUUCUAACGAAUCAAUGUCAGCUGGAACAACAAACACUAACUUGUUACCAAUUAUGCGGAACGACUAUAGUCUCGAUAGCGUUUGUUGUACGAAACGAACAUUACAGACAUUUUCACAUAUGUGGAUUGUUGAAAAUUUUUCGUCCUAUCUUCAAGAUCCAGAACCUAUUAUUUGUCUAUCAUCGUCACCAUUCAGCCCUGUGGUAGGUGCUAGUGCUUUGACACAAUGGCGUCUUGUUUGCUAUCCAAAAGGAAAUUAUGGCGCAGCAUCGAAUUAUAUGUCAAUAUUUCUUGAAUAUAUCAAAGGUGAACGUGAUAUUAAAGCUAAAGCAGAAUAUUCACUUGUCAAUCGUAAAUGUGAAUUAACAGAAAUGCGUAAAGAUGCACAAUUUUCAGUUUAUAAAUGUGGUAAUACACGUGGUUUUAUUAAUUAUGUUAAAUAUGAUACAUUGACAUUACUCGAGAAUGACACACUCGAUGAUGAUAAACUUAAAAUAUACGUACGUAUAACAAUAAUGGAUGAUGCUAUCACUGAAGACACGAAAUAUCAAGAAUACGAUGAUACUGAAUGCAUUAAUUUUACAACACGUGGUCUCGAAGGACUUGUACGAGAUUUCAGUCAAUUGUUACUUCAUUCUCCGCCGAAAAUGAGUGAUAUUAAAAUUCUAGCGAGAGUUUCACCAUCGCAAAAUUCAAAUGGUAUCAUCGAAAUCAAUCAUCAUGAUUCAAAUCCAUCGAAAGUUACUUUUCAUGUUCAUAAAUUGAUUCUAGCUGCUCGAUCGCCUGUAUUCGCAGCUAUGUUUUCCAAUUCGACUUUAGAAAGUACGACAAAUAUCAUUGAAAUCAAUGAUUUACGUUCUGAAACAAUUCAGUCCAUGCUCGAAUAUAUCUAUACUGGUAAAGUUAGUGAUAUUAAAAAUUCAACUGUUGAAUUAUAUCGUUGUGCUGAUAAAUAUCAAUUAGAAGAUUUACGUUUACAAGCUGAAAUGGCUUUAAUGAGUUCAAUAUCAGUCGAGACAAGUGCUGAAAUCUUAUUGCUCGCCGAUCAACAUCAUUCAAAGGAACUUAAAUCACGUGUCAUACAAUUUAUUGUCAAUGGAAAUCUUAAAGCUAUAACGCAAACCGAAGGUUGGCAUAAAUAUGUUGCAUGCAUUCCAGAUUUAGUAACUGAAGUUAUACAAGCAACGACUCAUGAAUAA